AUGCAUUCUAUCGUUCUCGACACCUCUGUGAUUGUUGGCGCGCUGAGAAGCGGGCAAGGGGCUGGAAAUGCAUUAUUGCGUGAGGUGGCGCAGGGCAAUUUGGAGCUGCUGGCCACGCCGGCCUUGUUCUUCGAGUAUGAAGAGGUCCUUAAGCGGGCGGAACACCGGAUCGUGACGGCAAUGUCAGAGGAUGCGGUGGAUAGAUUUCUUGCGGCCCUGGCCAGUGCCUGCCGACCAGUGGAGAUACGGUAUCGAUGGCGCCCACAGUUGCCAGAUGCCAAUGAUGAGAUGCUGUUGGAGGCCGCGGUCAAUGGUCAAGCCGAUGCGCUGGUUACCUACAACCUAAAGCACUUUCGAACCGCUUCGGUUCGAUUUGGGCUCCGGGUCAUGCAACCCGGAACAUUCUUGAUGGAGAUGCGAGAUGGCUAA